AUGCCUACCGAGCCUGAGGCUGCAGCAAUAGACGGACGCGCAAAGAGACGGUUUGACUGGAAGACUAUGCUCGGGAACAGAAACAGCAGGAGCGGACAACAUGGCAGCAGCGGAGAUACAUCAGACACCGAGCCAACUCAGAAGAGCAGACCCACGAAAUGGAACAUGGGCAUGCUCAACGACCACGAAACGGAAGAAGUCCCAGGCUCUGUGCUCCUGCUCUCCAAAGUCUCAGAAUACAACGAGCCUUUAGGUCUCCAGAACGCCCCAGCGCGCACAUCAGCCUCUUCUCUCCCGUCGCCAUACCCUCCCUCCAGAACGAGCUCUAUCCGCCGCCGCUCGACAAUCGCCGACAAAAAGCUCACCGCAGAUGGCCAGAUUGUCCUAGAACCUCAGCCGGACGACUCGCUCAACGAUCCCUUGAACUGGAAGACCUGGCGUCGAGAUGCGGCGCUCUUGUCACUGGGCUUCUACUGCAUGGUCGGCGGCGGCAUGACACCCAUCCUAGCCGCUGGGUUCAACAACGUCGCUGAAGACUUCCACACCACCGAGCCACGGGUUGCCUUGACUACGGGGCUGUAUAUGUUGGGUCUUGGCGUUGGGAGCGUGAUCCUCUCUCCGACUGCGAUCCUGUUCGGGAAACGGCCGGUCUAUCUUGUGGCCUCUAUCUGUUUCAUUCUCACCGCGGUGUGGUGUGCUCUGUCGACCAACUUUGCGAGCUUGGUCUGUGCGAGGGUGUUCCAAGGAAUUGCGGUCAGCAGCGUCGAAUGUCUACCUUCUGCUACGGUUGCGGAGAUCUAUUUCCUGCAUGAAAAAGCCUAUCGUUUAGGAGUGUACACAUUACUACUUUUGAGCGGAAAGAAUCUGGUUCCUCUCGUCAGCGCCGCCAUCAUACAAAGCCUGGGAUGGCGGUGGGUGUUCUGGAUGGUCGCCAUCGUUAUCGGCUUUGCAGCGGUCUUGCUCUUCUUUUUCGUGCCAGAGACGUUCUGGGAUAGGACCCCGAGACCGCAUCGUCCACGGCCGAAUCGAUUGAAUAGUGCCAUAAGUGUGCAUAACGUGUGGAAGUCCCUAUCGAGGUCUCAGCCUGCCAGCCCAGCCUUAGAGAGGAAAGCACGGAAAGCUAGCGCCGUGGACGAUAUUACCAGUCCUCUCCACGAGAUAAAGACAGAGAAACAUGCUCACUUCCAAAACGAAUCCCCGGACGAGAAGGCCGCCGAGAGAGACGACGAGAGAAAGGAGAAGGACGACACAGAUGCUAUCAAGAUCCAGCCUCCUCCUCCAUCCCAACCCGACACCAACCACGAACCCAUCGCCAUUGACUACUUCACGACACCCUCCCGCCUUGAAGAAACGCCCCAAUCCCCCAUCUCCAAAACCUCCACAGGCCACAGCGAAAUCAUCCCACCCCCGACCAACGCCUACACCCACCACUUCCUGCAAUCACCCCCGAAGACAUUCGUCCAACAACUCCGCCCCUACUCCGGCCGCCUCUCGCACUCCAACUGGUUCAAAGUCGCCCUCCGGCCCUUCAUCCUCUUCGCCUACCCUUCGAUCCUCUGGUCCACCCUAAUCUACUCCCUCUCCAUCGGCUGGCUCAUCGUCAUCUCCGAAUCCGUAACCACAAUCUACAAAUCCCGCGACACCUACAACUUCACCUCGCUGCAGGCCGGGCUGAUCUACAUCUCGCCCUUCGUCGGCGGCGUCCUGGGGACCGCCGUCGCAGGCAAAGUGAGUGAUUUAAUCGUGCGCUGGAUGGCGCGCCGCAAUGGCGGCGUCUACGAGCCCGAAUUCCGCCUCGUCAUGGCCAUCCCCAUCGCCCUCACCACGACCAUCGGCCUCAUGGGCUACGGCUGGUCGGCGCAAGACCGCGACGCCUGGAUCGUGCCCACCGUCUUCUUCGGCCUCAUCUCCUUCGGCUGCUCGCUCGGCAGCACGACCUCCAUCACCUUCGCCGUGGACUCGUACCGGCAGUACGCCGGCGAGGCGCUCGUGACGCUGAAUUUCAGCAAGAAUACCUUCCAUGGGCUGGUGUUUUCGUUGUUUUUUAAUUCGUGGUUGGAUGAUGAGGGGAGCAGGGAUGUGUUUUUGGCGAUUGGGGGCAUUCAGUUGGGGUGUUGUUUGACGACGAUUCCGAUGUAUAUUUAUGGGAAGAGGGCACGGAUGUGGACGGUUAGGAAGAAUUUGAUGGAGAAGUUGUAG